GGGAGUAUGAAAGUACUAUAUUCGAGAAAAGAAAAGAUACUCCAUAUGAAAAGAUUCAGAAUUUGGAAGUGGUGAAAGGGAAUUUUGAUGAGUAUUUGUUUUAAAGAGAUAUCGUAUUGUCCGAAACCAAUGGCAGUCACUCCCUACCUCCACCCAAAGAUAACAAACGGCAUCGUUUCCGGUGCCGGACCUCAUUUCGGAUUCGGGUUCCGAGCCCGGCCCAUUACCACCCUUUCGUCUCUCUCAGCAAUGGCGACCACUCCUUCCACUCUCUCCAACGCUCUCCUUCCCUCUCGGAGCAAUUUAAUCUUCCUCAAGGGCGCUGCCUUCACCCGCCGCCGAGCCGCCGGAUUCUCGCCUCGGCCGAGUCACCUCCGGAUUUACAGCUCUCCUUUCCGCGUCGCCGUCUCGGCGGUGAGUUCGGCGGAGGAGGAGCCGACCUCUUCAGCUGGGGGAAUUGAGAAUCUGGUAAUAAUAGGAUCAGGUCCAGCAGGAUACACAGCAGCAAUAUAUGCGGCUAGAGCCAACCUGAAGCCUGUAGUGUUUGAGGGAUUUCAGGUAGGUGGUGUUCCAGGAGGACAACUGAUGACCACAACUGAAGUGGAGAACUUCCCCGGCUUUCCAGAUGGAAUAACGGGUCCGGACUUGAUGGAUAGGAUGAGAAAACAAGCUGAGCGCUGGGGAGCAGAAUUAUAUCAAGAAGACGUGGAAUUUAUUGAUUUGAAAAACAGACCCUUUACUGUGAAAAGUAGUGAAAAAGAAGUAAAUUGCCACAGUAUUAUCUAUGCUACUGGAGCUACUGCAAGGAGACUGGGAUUGCCUCGAGAAGAAGAAUUCUGGUGUAGAGGAAUCAGUGCGUGUGCUAUUUGUGAUGGAGCAUCCCCAUUGUUUAAAGGCCAGGUCCUUGCUGUGGUUGGGGGAGGUGAUACUGCUACUGAGGAAGCUUUGUACUUGACUAAAUAUGCUCGUCAUGUUCACUUACUUGUUCGUAAGGACCAUCUAAGGGCAUCGAAAGCAAUGCAAGAUAGAGUACUUUACAAUCCAAAUAUCACCGUCCACUUCAAUACAGAAGCAGUGGAUGUUGUGAGCAACAACAAAGGGCAGAUGUCAGGCAUAUUGGUCAGAAAGAUUGACACAAAUGAGGAGUCUGUUUUGGAAGUGAAAGGCUUGUUUUAUGGGAUAGGUCAUUCACCGAAUAGCCAGUUAUUGGAAGGCCAGGUUGAUCUUGACUCCAGUGGCUAUGUUUUGGUCGAGGAAGGUUCUGCUAAAACUUCAGUAGAGGGUUUAUUUGCCGCUGGUGAUGUACAGGAUCACGAGUGGAGGCAAGCAGUAACUGCAGCUGGAUCAGGAUGCAUUGCUGCUCUCUCUGUUGAAAGAUAUCUCACAAGCGAAAAUCUACUGAUUGAGUUUCACCAGCCUGUUACUGAAGAGGUUAAGAAAGAAUUCAGUGAUAGAGAUGUUCAAGAAGGUUUUGAUAUCACAAUAACAAAGCACAGGGGUCAGUAUGCUCUACGGAAGCUGUACCAUGAAAGCCCGAGACUUGUAAUGGUGCUUUAUACAUCACCAACAUGUGGUCCUUGUAGAACAUUGAAACCAAUUCUUAGCAAGGUCAUAGAUGAAUUCAACCAGCACGUCCAUUUUGUCGAGAUUGACAUUGAGGAAGAUCCAGAGAUAGCUGAGGCUGCAGGAAUCAUGGGCACACCUUGUGUACAAUUUUUCAAGAACAAGGAAAUGAUCAGGACUGUAUCAGGUGUGAAAAUGAAGAAAGAGUACAGAGAAUUCAUCGAAGCAAACAAAUAAGGCGAUGAUGCUCAAGAAGAAACUGAGCUUCGUUUGCAGAAGGUGCCUUGUUUUAUUCAUUAGCUAUAUGUGACUCAAUUUUGAUGUGUAAGAAUUGGCUAUUCAAAUAUACCGUUUAUUUGCAGAAUAAAACAUAAAAAGAUAUACCAUUUCUUUUGUCAUUGAGAUUGUAUAUUUCGAAAUAGUCUUAUUCAAAUGUACAAAACCGAUAUUUUUUUGUUUUGUAAUUUCAAUCUUCUUGUUUUUGGCUUA